AGCACGCCCCGGGGCCGGGGCCAGCGCCGGCUGGGAAAAGGAUGGGUUUGCCCGGGACUCUUCCAGAGCACUAGCGCGGGCAGCUCUGUCGGGGCAGGGGGCUGCAGCGCUAUUCGGAUGCAAUGGUGGUUUCUAUUUCUAAUUCUGCUCCUGUGGUGGCAUCGCAACGCUGCAAGAUCAGUUGUAUCCAUUGCAGCUAAGUUUGCGGGAUCUGGACAUGAGAGGAUCGAGCGUGUACGUGUAACUGUGCCAGCCCUUCGGCAUUUCUCCUGACCGCACCUCCUGCUCGCUUGCAUCUGGCUAGCGCCCGGUUCCGACUACAAAACACACCGAUCCGCAGCACUUGUAUCCUUCAUCUGGUUUUGGGAGCUACCCGAAGGACCAUGCAUCGGUUUGUCUUGGUUGCCAGGCAAGCUGCGGCACGGCUGUGCGGCCGCGGGCCGGGGGGCUGCCGGGGCGGAAGGACGGACAUGGCUCUGCGCUGCGCCGCUUCGCUGGCGGCCGGGCGGCAGCCGCGGGGACCCCGGCGGGAGGGGACGGUGCGCUGGAGCAGCGCUGCCAAGGCCUCCGCCGUGAAGAUCAACGAGAAGGCGAGCAGGGAGAAGAUCCUGACGCUGGAGUCCAUGAACCCGCAAGUAAAGGCGGUGGAAUACGCGGUGCGCGGCCCCAUCGUUCUGAAAGCCGGGGAGAUCGAGAAGGAGCUGCGGAAGGGAAUCAAAAAACCCUUUACUGAAGUGAUUAAAGCCAACAUUGGAGAUGCACAUGCAAUGGGACAGAGACCAAUCACCUUCCUCCGUCAGGUGGUGGCCCUGUGCACAUACCCAAACCUGCUGGACAGCCCCAGCUUUCCCGAGGACGCCAAAAAGCGCGCCAGGCGGAUCUUGCAGGGCUGUGGAGGAAACAGCUUAGGAUCCUACACUGCCAGUCAAGGUAUAAAUUGCAUCCGUGAGGAUGUGGCUUCAUACAUUGAGAGAAGAGAUGGAGGGGUUCCUGCAGACCCAGAUAACAUUUACCUCACCACCGGGGCGAGCGAUGGCAUUUCUGCAAUUUUAAAGAUCCUGAUCUCAGGAUGGGGCAAAUCCCGAACAGGAGUGAUGAUUCCUAUUCCCCAGUAUCCCUUGUACUCAGCAGCCAUCUCUGAACUGGAUGCUAUCCAGGUGAAUUACUACUUGGAUGAAGAAAAUUGCUGGGCUCUAAAUGUGAAUGAACUUCGCCGUGCCUUGAAUGAAGCUAAGGCAUAUUGCAACCCAAAGGUCCUCUGCAUCAUCAACCCUGGAAAUCCCACAGGACAGGUGCAAAACAGAAAGUGCAUUGAAGACGUGAUACACUUUGCAUGGGAAGAAAAACUUUUUCUUCUGGCUGAUGAGGUUUACCAGGACAAUGUGUACUCUGAAGGAUGCCAGUUUCAUUCCUUCAAAAAGAUUCUGUAUGAGAUGGGACCCGAGUACUAUAACAAUGUUGAGCUGGCCUCUUUUCACUCCACCUCUAAGGGAUACAUGGGCGAAUGUGGCUACAGAGGAGGUUACAUGGAGGUCAUAAACUUGCACCCAGAAAUCAAAGGACAGCUCGUUAAGCUGCUUUCUGUUCGCCUUUGCCCUCCAGUCUCAGGACAAGCAGCCAUGGAUAUUGUGGUGAAUCCUCCAGUACCUGGAGAAGAAUCUUAUGCACAGUUCAUAAAGGAGAAGGAAUCUGUUUUGAACAAUCUUGCCAAAAAAGCCAAACUAACAGAAGACAUGUUUAACAAGAUCCCAGGAGUUCACUGCAACCCCCUUCAAGGAGCCAUGUACGCUUUCCCUCGGAUCUUUAUUCCUUCCAAAGCCAUUGAGGAAGCAAAGGCUCACAAAAUGGCACCUGAUAUGUUCUAUUGCAUGAAACUUCUGGAAGAGACUGGAAUAUGUGUUGUACCUGGAAGUGGAUUUGGCCAGAGAGAAGGAACCUACCAUUUCAGAAUGACCAUUCUUCCUCCAGUAGAGAAGCUGAAGAUCCUACUGGAGAAAGUGAAAGACUUCCACAUAAAGUUUCUUGAAAAAUAUGCAUGAAACUACUGUGGCUUUUCCCCCCUCAUCCCCUCCCCUUCAAGGCAAAUGCAGACAAUGAACAAUGAUGUGCUGAGAAUGUGCUGUUUAUCUAAUUCAACUAAAUUCAAAGUAGAUAGAACCAGACUCAGAUACUCCUACCACUUAUUGGACUAUUAAAGUUAUGUCUGGUGUA